CUUUCUGUUGCUCGAAUGUGACUCACGUACACGUACAAAGGGGAAGUUUCCAACCAACAUGCCAAAAUUGUCAUUUCUUUCUGUUUUCCUCUAUUUCGUCCCCGAAACGAGUGGAUUCUCACGUUUGGCGGCACCCAAUCCGACUCGUUGCCGAUUGCCUCACAGUCCCUAUGGUCGUGCACGCCUUGCGGAUGCCGCUACGGCCACACGAACACUGCCUACUCCAGCCACCACAACCCAUCGCACAAUCAACCCGGCCUAUCCGGAUCUACCGUUGGACAAGUAUCUCGCCAAUCCUUACUUUGCGAAAAUCCGUACCGAUUACCCCGGGUUGCAACUGAUUCACGAAGAGCCCUUUCUCUUUCUGGUGCACGAUUUCUUGACCGCCGACGAGUGCGCUCGCUUACGCCGCAAGGCCGACACGGGCACCUUGCGUCCCCAAUUUGGUGGAGGUGCGGUGGAACGAACUUCGUCCGGCGUCGUGUGCGUGAACGACGAAGUCCCCACACUGCGGACGAAGCUGCAAACCCUCACCGGUGUGUCGGACAUGGCACAACUGCAACCCCUCAAAAUUUCCAAAUACCGACCGGGACAAGUCUUUUCGAAACACACGGAUGCGUGGCCCACCGAAGAGGCUCCCGUCACGCGAGGGUGGGUGCAGGAACGGGAUUUCUUUGGCGACGAAUCCCGACCAACCCGCGGAUGUUACCCCGCGCGGAAUCAGCCGAACCACAACACUCUCUUGACCUGCUUUGUCUAUCUCAACACCGUGCACGGUUCUGGAUAUACGACUUUUCCCAAUAUUGGUCUCCACCAAAGUCGGGACGGUGGCAGUUUCUACCGAAACCCGACACCGUUGGACACGCACGCACGCGUGGACGGGAGUGCGUGGGAUUGGGAGUAUCGCGACGAGGCUGAUUCCGUCCAAAUCGCCCCGACGCAAGGGCUGGCGGUCCUGCACUUUUGCAGCGUGUUGCCCGAAUACGGAGGCAUCUGUGACGGCAACGUACUACACGUUGCGGAAGCACCACUGGACGGACAAGACAAGUACGUUGCGCAGCAAUUCGUCGCGUCUUGUACCGAAUGGAGUCUCCCGGACGAUAGUAUUCCGUACGGUCGUGUCUCGUGGGAUACUAUCUAAUGGUACCGAUACAUUUGACUGUGAAUGGGAGUGAUACCAUCUCUGGUGGGCGGCCAUGCGUCUAGGGAACGCUUUCAUACCAGUUCUCGCUACGUUUGGCUUGGCAUUUGACUAGAUAAGGGUAAAUUGAACGGAAUGGAUUGACCAGCACCGGUACGGCACCCACAGACCGUGCACUGGCAUGCAGCCAAUG